CAAUGAUUGUCCGCCACAGUCACCCUCCCAUGGUGUGUCUGUUCUGUGAUUGGCUGCUGGCCGUUCCCCGGCUGCGGCAGCUCUGGGUAGAUCAUGUGACUUUUAAGGUGGAGCGGGAAUGACAGCCGCGGUGGAGCGCAGGAAUGUACCAAUAGAAGCAGGCUGGGAAUAGACACAAACAGACAGCAGUGUGCUCGGUGCUGAUGGCCGGUUGUGUGUACGGCUUUAAGGAUCUGUUCUAGUGGAUGAUACAAUCAUACGAAGCAGUGUUCUCAGCUCGGGUGCAGGGAUCCUCACGCCGAGAAAACCCUGGAAAAGAGAGAGGAAGUGAGAAAACGGAGGGGGAGGCGGAAGAAGAGGUGGAAAAAGCCGAAAAGCGAGGAGAGCGCCGGUGACAGCGGGAGAAGGAUGGAGCUGGCAUGGCCCACCUGUGCCCCUGCCCACUGCUUGUGCCUGGUGUCCACCCUGAGCCUAAUCCUGCUGGUCAGCUGUACCAGCUCCUCCAUCAGCAGCCAGCAGGCAAACAGCCUUACCAAAAGGCCAGCUCAUCUAAAAAUGGACCAAGCUCUUCUGCUGAUAAACAAUGAGUUGUCCACUGAGAAGUUUGAUGUUUAUUGGCGUUCUGACCAGUGUUACCAGUGUCUGUAUCAAACGUUAGCUAUAGCAGACCAUCGGAUGGAACAUCCUAGUGAUGUAGCUGUAAUAGAUACACGGCACCCAAUUACUCUGCAAAUCAAUACUACCUCAGAGAAAACAGAACUCUGUCGCAUUAAUUACAGGUUUAGAGAAUUUGGAAACUACUCCUUGUGGGUAAAGAGCAACCAUUCCGCUACCAAAGAUGUAACGUGUGAAAUAAUUAUUAAUCAGAACCCAGGUUACACUAAUCUUCCAAUCAUCAUCGCUUUUUUUAUAUAUAUUGCCAUCUUUAUAUGUCUGUCCCUAGGAUCGUUCUUGUUACGACUGAACACCGUACAGAAUUGGUUAUGCAAGCGGAUUAACCCUGUUGAAACAGAUCGACUCAUUAAUUCUGAGCUUGGUUCCCCUAAUAGGGCUGACCUGUGCAGCCAGGAUGCACAUUACGUUUCCUGGAAUACUGUUCCCCAAAGACUCAGGUCACUGGACACAUUUAGAGGGCUCUCUCUUAUAAUCAUGGUGUUUGUGAAUUAUGGAGGAGGAGGCUACUGGUUCUUCAAGCAUCAGAGCUGGAAUGGUCUCACAAUAGCAGAUCUGGUUUUUCCUUGGUUUGUCUUUAUUAUGGGAACCUCCAUCCACCUGUCCUUGAGCUCAAUGCUGCGUAAAGGAAACUCCAGAUGGAAACUGUUUUGGAAAGUUCUUUGGAGAAGCAUUCAGCUUUUCCUCAUUGGAUUGUUUGUGAUAAAUCAAAAUUACUGCCGUGGACCAUUAUCCUGGAGUGAUAUCCGAAUUAUGGGAGUUCUGCAGCGGCUCAGCCUUACUUACCUUGUGGUUUCAGUCUUGGAAUUAUUGUUUACAAAGCCCUUACCAGAUCCCGUGCCCCAGACCCAAACCUGUUUCCUUUUGCAAGAUGUCGUCCCUUUCUGGCCUCAGUGGUUGAUAAUAUUAGUUUUGGAAACAGGUUGGCUGUGUUUGACUUUCUUGCUUUCUGUCCCCGGAUGCCCCAAGGGUUAUCUUGGACCUGGAGGUAUUGGGGAUUUUGGAAAAUAUCCGAAUUGUACAGGAGGGGCAGCUGGAUACAUCGAUCGCUUAGUUCUUGGUGAAGACCAUGUGUAUCAACAUCCAUCUUCUAAUGUGGUCUAUAAAACAACAAUGCCUUAUGAUCCUGAAGGAAUAUUAGGAACUAUCAACUCGGUGGUGAUGGCAUUCCUUGGACUUCAGGCUGGUAAAAUUAUUGUCUUGUACAAGAAUCAACACAAGCAGGUGCUGGUGCGGUUCUUCACUUGGAGCGUAUUCAUGGGUGUUAUUUCUGCAAUUUUGACUAAAUGCUCAACAAAUGAAGGUUUUAUUCCAGUAAAUAAAAACUUGUGGUCCAUCUCCUAUGUGACAACACUAAGUAGUUUUGCCUUCUUCCUGCUGAUGCUGGUUUAUUUUUUGGUAGAUGUCAAAAGAGUUUGGAUGGGUGGCCCAUUCUUCUAUCCAGGAAUGAACUCUAUCCUUGUUUACGUUGGCCAUGAAGUCUUUGAAAACUAUUUCCCGUUCAAAUGGAAGAUGCAGGACAGUCAAUCACACGCACAACACCUUACCCAGAAUCUUGUAGCUACUUCUAUUUGGGUGCUGAUUUCAUAUAUCCUGUACAGGAAGAGGAUAUUCUGGAAGAUUUAACCUCCAUUCCAAAGGCUAUUCACAAUCAGUAAUGGAUUGCAAAUAUCUUUUAAUCUGGCGAACUGAACCGCACAGUGAUGGUCUAACAGCUUUUAGAUUUGUUUUUAACGUUUUCGGUCUCAUUACAUAAACCACAGUGGGCAGGAAGAAGGGAACGUUUUAGGUUUUUUCUGAAAGUUGUCAUUGUGCCCUCAGCAGUUGAAAUGUGUAUAAAUGAUAAUGUGUACAGACACUAAAGAUGCUGUCUAAUUCCCAUGUCUUUCCCAUACCACCUCUUUUAUUCUCUUACCAGAUAUUUACCGCUCUCUACAGUCCAGAUUUUACAUCAGGUCUGCAUAAGCUAAGAUGUCUACUUUUCCAAUAAUGUAAAAUGUUAUUUUUAUUCUAUUUUAAAAUAUUCUAUGAAUGUUUAUUAAAUGUAUUGCUUCUUAAAGAACUAUGUGUGGCAACCGUAGAGUAAGAUGCAGUAAUAUUUUAUGUAUAUGUUUAGUUCUAUAUGACAACCAAGUUAUGCUAGUGGAAAACACUUGGGAUCCCGCUGAAAUACCUGCCUGUCUGUUAUAUGUCCCAGCAAAAAUGUCAAGCCAUUUUCCCCUAUUUACCUCUCCCGGUGUCCAGAGCGCAGCAAAACUCAUUAGGAAGAGUCGGACAUUAGGUAGACAUGCUGUGUGCUGACUACCAGUGCUCUGUGACUUUUCUAUUGUACCUGAGGGUGCAGAGAUGUCAUUCAGGAGCAUAGAAAUGUCUCACCCAGCUUUUCUGUGCUCCCUAGAUGUCACACGCUGCUUUAAGUAGAUAUGCCAGUCAGAUCCUAUAAUCAUUACAGGGUCUGACUGUUGCACACAACUUUUCCAGGCUACUGAAUGGCACAUCUGCUUAGUACAGCAAUCACAUGGCCAUUACAAGGAAUAUUAUACGAGUUCUGAAGUGUGCCUAUGCAUAAAGUAAUACAGCUAUAAGCAGAUAUGCCAUUCAUGAGCAUGGAAAAUACAUUCUCACCUAGCUUGCUAUGCUCCUGAAUGGCAUAAAGCUGUAUCAUUUUAAACACAUGCAAACUUCACAACUCUUAUAAUAGCCCCUGUAAGAUACGGGCAGCCAUGUUGAUUGCAGUAUUAAGCAGAUGUGCCAUUUAGGACUGUGGAAAAUUUUUCCAGUAAGAUGGUGCACCACCACAUUAUGGGUGUCAGGUCCGAGCAUUCCUAGAUGAACAGUUUCCUGGAAAGUGGAUUGGUCGUCGUGGGCCAGUUGAAUGGCCCCCAAGGUCUCCCGAUCUGACCCCCUUUUAUCUUUGGGGUCAUCUGAAGGCAAUUGUCUAUGCUGUGAAGAUACGAGAUGUGCAGCACCUGAAACUACGGAUACUGGAAGCCUGUGCUAGCAUUUCUCCUGCGGUGUUGCUAUCAGUGUGUGAAGAGUGGGAGAAGAGGGUUGCAUUGACAAUCCAACACAAUGGGCAGCACAUUGAACACAUUUUAUAAGUGGUCAGAAACUUGUAAAUAACUCAUGAUAUCAAUCCAGCAAUAUGAUGUAUCAAUUUUCUUUUAUGGACACAUACAUUGAAUAAAAACAAUAAACAGAGUGCUAGAUGCAUUUCGGGAGUAACUUCUCCCUUUUUCAAUUGCAAAAAAAAAGGCUUUCUGAUGUGUUAUACAACAUUGCAGUUUUAAAUACAGACAUUUCUGGAGCCAAAUGAAAGGGUCAGAGGUUACGGUGGAUAACAUACUUACAGAAGAUGCAAUGGUUUAAAAAUAGCGCUUUUGCAGAAAGUUUAGGCAUGAAAAUAUACACAAUACAUACAUGUAAAACAUUCUUCUAAUUUGUUUCUAUUUUAAUAAAAUUAACAAAAUAU